AUGCCCAUUCCGCGAGAGACGACCUCUCCUUCUCGCUUCGCACCUCGAAAUGGGACCAGAUCCAGAUGGCGUCUUGUCGACGGAAGCUUCGACAUAAUCUUGUGGCUAACUCUCUCCCUCACAGUCUCUUAUUUAAGCCAGUUAGCCUUCGAGUCACAACAGUCGGCCAAUCUAACGACGUUGACGACGACAAACGCCGAAACAUUAAACGGAGUUAUUCAGGGUUUACUCUAUGUUCCGACGAUAGAUUCCAGCAACUCCUGCUCAGAAGAUCAGUACGACCCAGCGAUCGGUCUCCCGCGAAAUGUCACUCGACGGUCCAACCUCCCACCCACCAACUACAAACUGGUCGCGAUCGCCCCAUGGUUCAGCAAGGAAUGCACCCAAGCCUAUCUAAAAGCAGCACGAUACGAUCCCGUCCGAGCCUUCAUAUUCUACAAACCCAACAACUCGACGAAAAAGCCCCAAGAUGUCGACGAGCCGAUCUGGGACCUGGAUGAUGGUGGUGCGUGGAUGCAACAAAAUAAGUUCCCCAUCUUCGCCAUCCCCGGCCGGGAAGGCAAUAAGCUUGUGGACCAGCUUUCUCAGUACUCCGGCUCUUUGCAGCAGGUUCCUUUUGGCGAGGAGAUUAUCGACGCCUUCGGCCCUAACCCCCGAGACUAUGUUCGAAUAUGGACCGAACUAACGAUGAAAGAUACCAAGAGCAUGCCGGCGUUGUGGACCUUCUUCGUCAUUGUCAUUGGCGCCCUGCUCUUGAUUAUCGUUUGUGUGUCCGUCUUCAUGCACUUUCUACAGCGCCAACGUCGCAAAUCACUUGCUCUUCGUGUUAAGCAGGGCGAGGUCGAUCUCGAAGCGAUGGGUAUUGCCCGAGUCAUGCUCGCUGUGUCCAGUGUGCCAGCAAUUACCGUCGAUGUCGAGAUCGAUUCGGCCGAGGGCAAAAGCAAGCACAAGCUCUUCAGCAAGCGCACAUUUAGUGACCUCGUCACGCCAAACCACCACUCCUCUGACCCAUCCACUAAAUCUACCAAACCGCCCAAGGAGGCACCCGUCGAACCCCAAACGCCAGUGCAGCCUAUGGAGGGGACAGAAACGCAGACCCCAAACGCUCGGGGUGCCGAGACCGGUAGCCCUGACGAUCCUGACGCAAUUGCGCAAUCUCCACAGAACCAGGAAGGUACCGCCACCGAGUCUGAGGAUACCGUAGCCGCUCUCCCUCCUAUAACCCGACACAAGAAGUCUCGUCGUAAUAAGCCACGUGAGCUGAAACUAGCCCCAAUAAAAGGUCCUCCAUUAUCUGACCACCAACCCGAGGGCCGCAAGAGUCCUUCGGACCUUGCGAGGGCGAGGAUGAAGCACUUAGCUCGUCCGCUCGACGAUGAGGAUGAUCGACCGCUAUACUCUCUGUUUCUAUAUAGGGAGGAGAGCCAUAACUAA